CACAAUUGUAGUAGUUGACGGGUCAUCUUCUAUCGUGUCUGAUUGAAUGACUGUCGUCUUAAACGAACAAUCCUUGCUUCACGAUGGACAUCAUUCAAGUUCUAGUUUUCGUGAUUCUUGCUUUUACUGUCGAAUGCCAAAGACCAAGAGAAGAACGAGUUACAAACUGUCCGUGGGAGUGCAUGUGUUCUCAGGAUAUCGCCAAUAAGAAUAUGGGUACAGGAAUAUUAGUUAAUUGCACAGGAAGAAGACUGAAAAGGUUUCCAUACCCUAUGCCAUCGACAACAACCAAGUUAAUCUUAAGUAAAAACAGGAUCUCAUCAAUCUCUGCGAAUGACUUCAAAGCAAUUCAGCAUUUGAGGAUAUUGAACAUGGAAGGAAAUCGUCUUAAAAAACUAUCAGUUGAUUCGUUCGGACAUCUACCUUGGCUGUCUACAUUAAAUCUCCGUAGAAAUCGUAUAAGUGAGCUGCAAUUUGGAUUUUUAGGCAAUGCUCCGAACAUAAAAGUUUUAAUCCUCGCAGAGAACAAGAUAUCGGAGCUAAAAUACGGCUCAUUCGAUAUCGUCGAUAAACUGGAAUUUCUUGAUUUAAGCAGGAAUAACAUUAGUCGAGUUCAGGAUGGCUCAUUCUUGGGACUAAAACGGCURAAAACAUUGUUUUUGAAUGACAACAGACUAACCAAAGUAUCUUCUCAAUUAUUUCCUGAUGUCUACUCCCUCAAGUCACUGCACUUGGACCGUAAUCAGAUAAAGUGGGUCCAGCCAGAGUCUUUUCUGCGUCACCGAUACCUAGAAGUACUGUCCCUUGGCGACAAUCGAAUAAGUCACGUGACCUACUCGAUGCUGACAGGACUCAAGAUGCUAAAAGAAUUAUAUUUGCAGCGAAAUCAAAUCACGAAAAUCGACCCAUGGUCCCUCACGCAGCUGAAAAACUUGGAAACUUUGUAUUUAUACUCCAACUUCCUUGAUGAAAUUACACCAAACGUUUUUGUUGGACUUGGGAAACUGAGAUUCUUGCAUCUUGRAAUGAACAACAUUAAAUACAUUGCAAACGACGCUUUUGUUGACCUCCGAAUACUGGUGACGCUGUCAUUAGAUUCCAAUCGAAUCACUACACUUUCGCCAAGAACUUUCUCUGGACUUCGACAACUUAUGGACUUGCAGUUGUACUUCAACAAUAUAUCAUUUGUUGCCAAAGAUUCCUUUUCUGAGCUUAUAAAGCUAAGUAGACUUGUUUGGGAUGUUCCUGCGUUCUUCAAAGGUCAGCGACAGUAUGCAGACGAAGUAGGAAACAGCCUACACUGCGACUGCAAUGUAUUAUGGUUAAAGGAUUGGCUUCGACGAAACAAGAAAGCAAGAAUAACCUGUCAAUCACCACCAGCACUCAAAGGGCUUCCUUUGAUUUCUCUGAAUCAUGCAGAUACAAAGUGUGAGCCAAUCUCCGUCAAAGUGUCACCUAAGAAACUGCUGACCCUAGAGGGCGAUGACGCGGUGCUCAAUUGUACAGUGAAACCCGGAGCGACAUAUCUAUGGACACUAAAUGGUACUGCUGUAAAACUCGACUCGUAUCAUACAGUCAACCCUCUCGGUACUCUCACUAUUAAAGCAGUUAGUCGCAAAGAUAUUGGUCAGUACGUAUGUAUUGCUGAAAACGCUGCUGGUGUUGCUGCAGAUGCUGCAGAUCUUAGUCUUGGAGCAAGGCCGUCAUUCACGAUUCUACCCGACGCACUCGACCUGGACGAACCACUAGAACCAGUAAUCUUCAAAUGUAGCGCCAGAGGAAUCCCAACACCUACAAUAACUUGGCUCAAAGAUAACCUAGAGAUACGCGUAGCAACCGAAGAUUCGCAAUUUCACAUAACGUCAGAGGGAGCCCUUGUUUUUGUUGGCAAAAGGCACCAUAUCACCAGAGAGGGGAAUUUGAUUAUUGUAAAUCCUCGCGAGGAAGACGAAGGAUCGUACACAUGUGUGGCUCAGAACAGUUUAGGAAAAGAGUCCUAUAGCAUCAACCUUUACGUUGWUAUGAGUUCAAAGUGUCUGUAUGGCUGUAAUACAGGAGGAGUGUGUCGACCAUCUCAAUAUCAGUGUAUUUGUACACAGGGAUUCCAUAAACAGGGAAAUCAAUGCAUACAGGAUGUUAUUCCAACAACAUCCGCACCUUUAUCGGGAUCUGGAUCCGGCAUUGGAUCGGGAAGUGGAGUUCCUCCUACUUCUGAUACUUUUACCGCUAUUAUAUCUGGUGAAGGCCCUGUGGAUGAAUCAGGUGACGGUGGUUCAGGAGCCACGCCUGCACCAUCGACUACAAAGAAACCACCAAUUGACCAGGAACAGUCUGGUGAUGAGUCUGGUUCAGGGACCACCCCUUCUCCACCAUUUGUAACAAAACCACCAAUUGACCAGGAACAGUCUGGUGAUGAUGGUUCAGGUGCCACUCUUACACCAUUUACUAAUUCACCACCAAUAGACCAGGAACAAUCUGGUGAGAGCGGCUCAGGAGCCUUGCCUGCACCAUUUACCAGCUCACCACCCAUCGAUAACAAACAGCCUGGUGACAACCCUACAACUCACACUGAACAAACUACACAAAAGCCAACACAUCUACCAGCAAGAACAGAGAAGAUUGUUGUCAUCGACGCGGCCAAUACAGGAAGUGGCGACUCUGACGAAAGCGGAAGUGGUAGUAGCGGUAGCGGGGAAAGAGAAUCGUCCCAGGUUGUUCAAGGAUUAAGAAUAGGUAAACACAAACAUCUACCACCUGCUAGUUCUGUGAUUGGGAAUGAUAACCCCCCUCUACAAAAACCACCUCUAAGCUAAUGGUACUACUUCCUUCUCAAACCACCACUAGAUUAAAGUUAUUCUGCAACACUAAAAGACAAUAGUCUUGCUAUGGGAAGACUUGCAUUUGUAACAUUAUCAAAGUACAACAAUUCAGUGAUCUUGUUACAUUGUCUACAGCUACUUCAUUUCACUUUUUUAGCGCUUCCAACCAUAUCACAUUUGAGCUGAUAAAAAGUAAUAAAACAGCAGUGUACUUUAAAGAAAUUGAAAAGGACAUUCACCAAACAGCAUUUCAAGCAUGGACAAUAUUCUUAUCAAGGAUAAAUAAACUACUUGUAAAUAAUACUGUUCAUUUUAAUGGACAAUUGUUCAUUGGAAUGAAGGACUUUUCCAAAAAGAUAAGCAAUUAUCUGACUUUAUUUUACCCCAGUAAAAUGGACUUGAGCAGUAUCAAGUUCAGAGAAAAGUAAACAUGUAAUGACCCAAGAAUCACACAAUUUUUAAACAAUUUAUUUGUUCCAAUUUACAAAUGUUUUAAGUACACAGAUAUGCUUUACAAAACAAUAUUGUACUCAAUCAACAGCCAUCAAUAAACCAGCCAUAUGCCAUGACAGUAACAUUCUGAAAUUACAAACAUACCAUCAUUAAAAUGACAUAAUGAUGUGUUAUCUACUGUUAAUGACAACAAUUCCUUGAUCAGAUUGAGCAACUAUAUAAGUUUGCAAUACUUUGCUGCUAGUAUUUAAGUGGUACCUCUCCUUACAAUAGUCAAUGUGCAGCGACGGCAUUUUGUGCAACAAAGGAUCAUGGUAGUUGUAGUCAUCACACUUUUUUAUGUCCGCUAAAUCAGUCCUCCUACCAGUUUUUGCUUUUUCUGACCAAAAAUAGAAGUAUUUGUGCUGUUUUUAGAAAGAAAAUGUAAAAACAGCUUUUAAGGAGAUAUUUUAGUGUCUAUGAAAAGUGCAAGGACUACAACUACCAUCAUGCUUUGCUGCACAAAAUGGCGUCGCUGCACAUUGCCUAUUAUCCUUAGCAAUCUUAGAUGUGGUAUCAGAAACUGAUGAAUAGCAUGAAUAGAGAAUUGGGCCAUUUUAUAGUAGGGAACUGCUUAAUGACGCUAUAAAGAGCUACCACUGUAACAGCAACGUCUAGUUGAAAGUGACAGCAUUUUAAAGUUAAUUUAAUGUUAAUAAUAAAGCAAAUUUAAACACCAA